UUAAAAAUGGGCGAUCGUUACAACAUUCAUAGUCAAUUGGAACAUCUGCAGAGUAAAUAUAUUGGUACCGGUCAUGCAGACACAUCCAAAUACGAAUGGCUAACAAAUCAACAUCGUGAUUCCUUGGCCAGCUAUAUGGGACACUACGAUAUGUUAAAUUAUUUUGCCAUUGCACUGAAUGAAACCAAAGGACGAGUAAGAUUCGAUUUAAUGGAACGUAUGUUACAGCCGUGUGGACCACCACCCGAGAAGAUGGACGAAUAA